UUCUGCUCUGCCUCUCCUCCUGGACCAAAGACCUUGCUAUAAGAGAUCCGGAGGACGGAGGUGUGCCUUGUGUAUUUGAAGAGGAGGGGGUGGGGGCGGACAUGAUGAUGACGAGAUGAAAGGGGCCAGGUGAGGAGGAGACACAGGAGAACCCCUUCUCCCUUUCUUUUGCUCUCUGUCUCUCUCUCUCUCUCUCUCUGUGACGUGGUGUGUGCAUGUUUGCUGUGUGUGAGGGAGCGAGAGAGAGAGAGAGAGAGAGAGAGAGAGAGAGUGAAACAUGCUUCAGCAGACUGGACUGUGAACCUGCACUGGAGGAAGCAGCCCUUUCCAGAUUUGAGCUCUUUUGAACUGUACGGCAUGUUGGAGAGAGGACGUCGUCAGUAAAAGUUUUAUUCAAGAAAACAGUUGACUGAUCAUCUGCAGAGCUCCAGGCUAAAAUCCAUGGGGGUCAGGGCCUGUAGGGUUCCAGCUGCCAUGACAGAAACCACUGCCUGAGCUUCUCAGUUACACCCUACGAAAGGGGAGGAUGGGUGAUGGGCCUGUGAAAUUCAGCGGACUCUCUCCUCUUUAUCCCAUCCUCUCAUGGAGCGUCCUGUCACACCAAGCCCAUCCUGGAACACUCCUGUCUCCCUGUUUCCACCCUCGCUGCAGCCAAACACCUCUAAUGUCACCUCACCCACGACAAGCAUCCCAGGUGGGGUAGAUUUGAAUCGGUCCUUGGCAUUGUGUGCUAUGCUCAUUAUGAAUGUGCUAGCAGUGGUGGGUAAUUUGGCUGUGAUUAUUGUCAUCACCAAAACACCGCAGCUGCGCAAGUUUGCCUUCGUGUUCCACCUCUGUCUGGUGGAUCUGGUGGCAGCGCUGGUAUUGAUGCCCCUGGGGAUGCUGUCAGAUCAAAUCCUGGUGGAUGAGGCGCUAUGUCGGAGCUACCUCUGCUUGAGUGUAUGUCUAGUGAGCGCUGCCAUCCUCACCAUAUGUGCGAUCAAUGUGGAGCGGUAUUACUACAUUGUCCACCCCAUGCGUCACGAAGUAAAAAUGACAGUGGGGGUGGUGGUGAUGGUACUAGUUGGAAUCUGGAUUAAAGCUGUUGUCAUGUCGGUACUGCCACUCCUGGGACGUCUGCUCCAGGGAAACCAGGGUCUGGGGGCGUCUUCGCUCGGCCUUCCCACUCAGAGACACUGCUCCCUCCACUGGACAGGUGGCAGGAUCACAUGCCUGCUUUUCAUGGUUUUCUUUACCGUAAUCUAUUUUCUGUGCCCUAUGCUGAUCAUACUGGUGGUCUACUGCAACAUGUUCAAGGUGGCCCGAGUAGCAGCCAUGCAGCAUGGCCCCCUCCCUACUUGGAUGGACACACCACGACAGCGAUCCGAGUCUGUAAGCAGCCAUUCGACCAUGGCGGCGAGCCUGGGAGGAACUGGUUCCCGCACCACCCCUCAACGGACUUUCAGUGGUGGGAAGGCUGCAGUGGUUCUGGUGGCAGUGGGAGGCCAGUUCUUCUGCUGUUGGCUGCCAUAUUUUUUGUUCCAUCUUUACUCAGCUGUAGUGUCUACCUCUCCUGCCUCACUAGCCCAGCUGGAGAAUGUGGUCACAUGGAUUGGCUAUUUCUGCUUCACAUCCAAUCCCUUCUUCUAUGGUUGCCUGAACCGGCAGAUUCGCGAGGAGCUGAGCCGCCACUUGGCUUGCCUUUUCAAGCGGGCUGGGCUCAGUGAAGGGGAGCAGCUGCCCAGCCGUGAGGCCUCUAUUGAGGAAAACUUUUUGCAGUUCCUUCAGGGCACUGGAUGCAAUCUGGAGCCCUGCAACUCUCACAGCAGAGCCAGCCCAGAGUUGCCGGAGAGUGAGGAUCGUCAGGAAUCAGCUGUUCAGCAGCACAUGCCAGCUGACUUCCACAUCCCAGGGCAGAUCCUUGAGGAAACCUCGGAGUUCAUACAGCAGCAACAACUGAACAAUGAGCUCCAUGUAUUAGAGAACUGCUGCAAAACUGUACCAUAGCUGUAGCUGCCUCAUGUACUGACUCUUCUGCCAUCUAACAAGCCAACAAAUAUAUUUAGUUUUAUUCAUAUUUUUUAGAAUUUGUGAGUCGAUACAUCUCUAGUUGAUGCUACAAAGUGCUUUUAAGCUAAAAACCAGUGAACUAUAAACUUUGUAUCUUCUUUGAAGAGUUUAAGUUAUGUAGCUUUUCAUUGAAAGACAAACUUCAGUAUAUCUUGUUCUUCAAUUUAUUUAUAUCCCAACAGUCGAUGCACUGUAGCGUUACAUGGUUUAAGAGCCAUACGGUGUCAGCCUGCUUCUGUGUCAUAUCAGUGGAUGGACACUGAGCCCUUGUUGUGCUUAUCACAGUCCACUGAAGUGACAAAUGUCACAUAAACAUAAGAAGUGUGGAAACUUUGUGAGAGUAAUUGUCACAGUUUUCACAGUUUUCAUUACAAAAGAACUUUUCAGUUCUUUUAGUUUUGAUAUGCAUUCCUUCAUUACGUCUCUCAUUCAUUCCUCAUUUAAAUUUGGAUUCCCCAUCGAAUAUGCAAAGAUAACAUACAAUAUAACGUUUAUAAUAGCACACAAUUAUAUCAGCUUCUCUGUCCUACCAUAUGAAUUUUCAUCCUCCCAGUUAUUGCUUAAACUGAAUUCAUCAAGAGCUGAAACUGUUCUCUUACUGUUGUGUUUUCAGACUUUAAUAAAAAAAAAAAGAAAAAGCCCUUGACAAUCAGUUUAAAGUUUUACUGCUGGUAAAACCAAAACAGAUGCAGAUGAUUCAACCGACACUUUCAUCAUUAAAAGAAAACACACCAUCCCAGCACUACCACGCACGCCAAGAAAGUGUUUGCAGCACUGCCCGUUUGUUUAAGUAAAGAUUUUUCAUUGCUGUAGCUGCCACUGCCGGUUUGUUUAGUGAAUAAAGAAUCUGUUUUUAUCAUGUAUUUAUUCCACUUGCACAUCUCAUUACACCAAGGAAUUAAUGCAAAAAUGUUCCUCCAUAUAGAGUUUAAAAUAUUCAUUGCGUUGAGCAGGAUCAUUUCACAGCUGUUACUGCUCCCGGUAUUUAUAAUAAACAGGCCAACAGAGUAUUUUUAACCAUUUUCUAGGAACGUUAUUAUCGUGUUUAUCUGUUCUUAGUCUUGUGAUUAUCACCUCCUCACCAAAAUCAUCUCACAUUGGUAGACUCGUGAUUGCCCCCUGCCCCCCUCCUCUCCACCCCCACUCAAAGAACGGCUUUAAUUGUUUUGAUAGAGGUGAUGUUAAGGAUUUAAGCUUUAAAAAAAAAAAAAAAAAAAAAAAAAAACUGACUGCAGCAUUAAAACUGUCGAAAUGCGGCUCAGUAUGAACAGAUUCAUACACCAGUACCAAUCGUGGCGUUUGUACUGUUUACAGGUAAACACAGGAGCAGUGUGAGUGCUCUCGUGUUUGUGCAAUAAACAACCAGGCUUGUUGUGGCUACAUACAGCAGCACAGGUGUGGCAGCGCUUACACAUGGAAAGCUUUACCACUGGCCUCAUUUAACAAAAGAUGGAAAACACUGGUGAUACUUUUUCUGAUCUCAGGUGGAAUACAAACUGUUUGCACAAGUCACACGAGAAGUGACAAAUGUUCCAAAGAAAAUUACAAGGCACAAAUCUCCUGCAAAACACUUUUUCUAAAAAAAAAUAAAAAACUUCCUAUCUACUGCUGCCUUCAUCUAUUUUGGACUGCCUUAUACCGGACGGCUGGUAUGAUCACAAGACACUAAACACAAGGCGCACAGGAGAAGGUUCAUAGUUUGCUGGGAGUCAGAAAAAAAAAGGUCCCUUUGUCGGGGGAAGAUACAAUGUUCUUAAUUUUCUUGUGAUGUGACUGUGUUGCAUGCUGUUAGUCAGGCAGGCUUGCCCUAUCAGCUUCUUUUAAAAUGCUUAAGUGCACCAACAUGAAGCCCUACUUUAAAGUCAGUAACAGCAGUGAGGAGUGAUAAUGUAAAAUCACUGCCAUGAUGCUCAGAUUUCUUCUGUGUUUAUUUAUUUGUGAUUAAUUAUCCACUGACAGGCUACUAAAACUACAGAAUGCAAAACUAUUACACAAUUUAUGUGAAUUUUUUUUUUUUCACUUGCACUGCUGAACAGGGGUUUAAUCUUUUUGGAUAAUCUGAGCUUUUUUUUUUUCUGUUGAGCAUUAUUUUAUUAUUUUUAUGAGACAAUGCCGUAAUAAAUUCAGCGAUAUUUCCCUCAGUCUGGGUCAUUACAAAACCCCUAAUGCUGAGAGUACAUCAAUCCACCAUUCAGUCAUCUGGUUUCCAUUACUCUAGUGGCAAAAUCACCCAGACCAAUCGCAUUAAAUGCUUUAAGCUCUCUUUCUCUGACCAUCUGUUGAUUGUGAUGAUAGCGAAACCUGUUCUGAAGGUGAACUGCAGAUCAUAUUCUUACCUUCAGGAGAAUUCUGGACAUCAUUAAACACAGUUUAGUUUGUAAAUCGUCAGUCCAGUGGAGAUGUUGUCCAUGUUCCUCUCUGUUUCUUUUUUUGUACAUGACCUGAAAAGGCAGAUCCUAUUUUUCAUUCUUUUGUUUGUCUUUGUGUUAAGAUUCUCCAGUGUAUUCCCCUCA